AGGUUCGGCAACGCGGCCGUGCGACGGACGGGCCCGCGGUCCCACGACAACAACUCCACUCGAAUCGCCGUCCGCGAGUGUUGGUUUUAGUACAGUCGGGCUCGGGCCAAGUGGGGUAGAGUGCGCGUAAGAUCGCCCGUGUGCUUGUGCUUAGGCACGACCGUUUUUUUUGUACAUCUGUCGAACGAAUUUUUGAAUAAAACGAACCAUCUUAGCAUAAGCAAGCAUUUCGUGAUUAUAAUUAUUAAUUGUCGAACAUGAUCACCGACGGUUACAACAACGUCGACCAAGGCUACGACCAAGGCUACAUGGAACAAGAAGAAGAAUGGGAACGGGAAGGACUCCUCGAUCCGGCCUGGGAGAAGCAACAGAAAAAGACAUUUACGGCAUGGUGCAACAGCCACUUGAGAAAAGCCGGCACCGGCAUAGAAAACAUAGAAGAAGACUUCCGCAACGGUUUAAAAUUGAUGUUGCUGCUGGAGGUGAUAUCCGGCGAGACGCUGCCCAAGCCCGACCGCGGCAAAAUGAGAUUCCACAAAAUCGCUAACGUCAACAAGGCGCUCGACUUCAUCGCCAGCAAAGGAGUCAAACUCGUAUCCAUCGGAGCCGAAGAAAUCGUCGAUGGCAACCUAAAAAUGACGCUCGGUAUGAUAUGGACCAUCAUCCUUCGUUUCGCCAUUCAGGACAUCUCCGUGGAGGAGAUGACGGCCAAAGAAGGUCUGCUGUUGUGGUGCCAGCGCAAAACUGCCCCCUACAAGAACGUCAACGUUCAAAACUUCCAUUUGUCAUUCAAGGACGGUUUGGCGUUCUGCGCCCUCAUCCAUCGCCAUCGUCCGGAUCUCAUCGAUUACAACAAAUUGUCCAAAGACAACCCCUACGAGAAUCUCAACACGGCCUUCGACGUCGCCGAAAAAUACCUGGAUAUACCACGGAUGUUGGAUCCUGAUGAUUUAGUCAACACUCCAAAGCCCGAUGAGCGUGCAAUCAUGACUUACGUGUCAUGUUAUUACCACGCUUUCCAAGGGGCCCAACAGGCCGAAACUGCCGCUAAUAGAAUCUGCAAAGUUCUCAAAGUCAACCAAGAAAACGAACGUUUGAUGGAGGAAUACGAACGUUUGGCCAGCGACCUGUUGGAAUGGAUCCGCCGCACCAUGCCUUGGCUGAACUCCCGCCAAACCGACAACUCUCUAGCCGGAGUCCAAAGAAAGCUAGAGGAGUACCGUACGUACCGUCGCAAGCACAAACCACCGCGCGUCGAACAGAAGGCGAAGCUCGAGACGAAUUUCAACACUCUCCAGACCAAGCUCAGACUAUCCAACCGACCGGCCUACAUGCCCACCGAAGGCAAAAUGGUGUCUGACAUCGCCAACGCCUGGAAGGGCCUCGAGCACGCCGAGAAAUCGUUCGAAGAAUGGCUGCUGUCGGAGAUGAUGCGCCUCGAACGCCUGGAGCAUCUCGCCCAAAAGUUCAAGCACAAAGCCGACGCGCACGAGGACUGGACGCGCGGCAAGGAGGAGAUGCUGCAGAGCCAGGACUUCCGCCAAUGCCGCCUCAACGAAUUGAAGGCCUUGAAGAAGAAGCACGAGGCCUUCGAAUCCGACCUGGCCGCCCAUCAAGAUCGCGUCGAACAGAUCGCCGCCAUUGCCCAGGAGCUAAACACGUUAGAGUACCACGACAGCGCUAGCGUGAACGCCAGAUGUCAGCGCAUCUGCGACCAAUGGGACAGGCUGGGCGCUCUGACGCAGCGCAGGCGCCAGGCGCUCGACGAGGCCGAGAGGAUAUUGGAGAAGAUCGACAUCUUGCACUUGGAGUUCGCCAAGCGGGCGGCGCCGUUCAAUAACUGGUUGGACGGCACCAGAGAGGACUUGGUCGAUAUAUUCAUCGUGCAUACGGUGGAAGAGAUUCAAGGUCUCAUCGACGCUCACCAUCACUUUAAGGCGACUUUGGGCGAAGCUGACAAGGAAUAUCAAAGUAUCGUCGGGCUCGUUAGAGAGGUCGAGUCUAUUGUUAAGCAACACCAAGUACCCGGAGGUUUGGAGAAUCCUUACACUACUUUAACCGCUCACGACUUGACGAGGAAAUGGGGCGAGGUCAGGCAGUUGAUACCUCAACGGGACGCCACUUUGCAAGCCGAGCUCAGAAAACAACAGAACAACGAAAUGCUCAGACGUCAAUUCGCCGAGAAGGCCAACGCCGUGGGUCCGUGGAUCGAGCGCCAAUUGGACGCCGUGACGGCCAUCGGCAUGGGAUUGCACGGCACCCUAGAGGACCAAUUGCACAGACUCGAGGAAUACGAACAGGGCGUGUACGCCUACAAACCGCACAUCGAAGAAUUGGAGAAGAUUCACCAAGCCGUACAAGAAAGUAUGAUCUUCGAAAACAGAUAUACUCAAUACACCAUGGAAACUCUGCGCGUCGGUUGGGAGCAACUGUUGACCUCGAUUAACCGCAACAUCAACGAAGUGGAGAACCAGAUAUUGACGCGCGACUCGAAGGGCAUCACCCAGGAUCAACUCAACGAAUUCAGAUCGUCGUUCAAUCACUUCGACAAGAACAGGACGGGUCGAUUGACGCCGGAAGAGUUCAAAUCUUGCCUCGUGUCAUUGGGUUACUCGAUCGGUAAAGACAGGCAAGGGGAAAUAGACUUCCAGAGAAUAUUGGCCGUCGUCGAUCCGAACAGCACUGGUUACGUUCACUUUGACGCCUUCUUAGAUUUCAUGACGAGAGAAAGCACAGACACGGAUACUGCUGAACAAGUUAUUGACAGUUUCCGCAUUUUAGCUGGAGAUAAGCCUUAUAUCCUUCCCGAUGAAUUGAGAAGAGAGUUACCGCCCGAUCAGGCCGAGUAUUGCAUCCAACGCAUGCCCCCGUUCAAGGGACCUGGUAGCGUGCCCGGAGCUCUCGACUACAUGUCAUUCUCGACGGCUCUCUACGGGGAAUCAGAUCUUUAAAAUCACUCUUUUUUUAAAUCAAUAAAUUUUAAACAUAAUAACGAAACAAAAGCAGAAACGUCCCCCUCUCUGUACGACGUGACGUAAAUCAUCACAUUUCGCGAAGUUUUAUGUUUAAAUUUAGUUUUGUGUUUUGUGCUAGUUGUUUCAGAUCAUUAUCAGUUAGGUUCGGUUAAUUAUUCCGUUUGAAUUUGAUGAAGUUUUCGCUUUUGUCUGCUACAUUUGGUAUAUUAAAUACCUGUAUUCUGACGAAACGAACUUAUAAAUGGUAAAAAAAACUUCAAUAAUUUCAAUACGUUCGAUUGACCAGUUAACAGUUACUAAUAGUGACAGAUGACAGAUUAAAGAGGGGGAGAUAAACAGUCAAACACAUAAUGAAAACUAUUUACUCGUGGUGAUAUUAUCAAAAGCCAUAUAAAUAUAUUUUUAGGGGUUGUCGGAUGCGAAUUCUAAUUGCGAAAAUCUAUUUUUCUUGUUGAAAUGUCGGUUUGUAAUGCCAAAUCUACACAUAUCACGUAACUUGGUCGCGGCUUGCUGGAUUCGGUCGCAUUGCUCUGAUGUUUAUGCAACUCUAGUAGAGUGUUGAUCGAUUCAGUGGCGUAGCUACCCUGAAUAAAAUCGAUGGAAAAAUCAUUCAAUUAGACGUUUCUUUGUGCGUUGGGAUAAAGAAAUUUUCUCUUGAUGCACGCAAAGGCUACGCCAGUGGGUUGAUUUGGCAUGGAUAGCCGAAUUCCAAUUUGUACCGGAUAGUUUCGAUCAUGUUGCAUACAUAUCGCGGCGAUUUUUAACCGGUUUUAGUGAGCGAAAAACAGGCUUGCCAGCUAAACGACGCUUGAUGGAAAUCAAGUCGAUAAUCGAACUCGGCGAAAUUAACAAAUUCAGCUUUAUUUUUUAUUUCUCCUUUUUGCCAAGCAUUAAAAAGAAUAAAAUGUGUUUCUAUAACGACGUUCUAACUAAUCACGGAUUCUGAGGAUAAUUUUGGCACUGUUUAUUUGCCGCUUUGUUUAACAUAGUAUCGAAGAUUUCAAAUUGUUGAGACCUAGUUUACUUUUUUGCAACCUUCCUGUUUUUUUUUAAUUGAAGUGCUUUUUAUCAAGUACUUACUUUCAUUAUUUCUAUCCCGAAAUAUUUAUUUAUUUAUUUUAUAAAUUUUUGAAGUGUACAGUUUAUUUUAUUAUUAGUAGUAAACGCUCUUUAUUGCCUUUAGAUUUUUAAGCUCAAUUUCGUUUCUAUUUUAAGUAACUGUUGAAAUUGCGUGGAAAGUGGACAAAACGCAAAGGAAAAAAAAUCGUAAUAAAGAGCUUUUAUUUUCUAUAUUAUUAUUUGGUUGGAGUUUAUUUAAUGUGUAAAAAUAAAGUAUUUGCCCAAAGUAUAUACUAACUUAAUCAGUAUCAAAUAUUUGACAAAUAAACGAAAUAUUUGAUUCGAAUAAUUUAUUUUUUCUAUCGGUUGCGGCAAAAAUCCGGAAAAUCUUCCGCGUCGAUUUCAUGGAAUUUUAACUUUUGAUUUGUUUCUCGAUGGAAAAUCUUCCAUUUUUGCCGCCACCCUAUAUAUUAUUUGAUCCGUUUAUUAUUAGAAUUGAGCAGCUGUUGCUGUGAUGUGUAUGCAGUGCUAUAUAUAUUAUACAUAUACAUUAUAUUGAGAACUUUGUAUUUCUUAAUUUACGUCUAU